GAAAAAACAUUGUACGUACUACAUUGUAUAUCGUACCUACCUAGGCACCUAAGGUUCCUGAAAUGGCGUCACUGACGUAUUUUUAGCUCUUCUCUCAGACCCUUUUUUUUUAACUGCUUAGCAAGUUAACAAAUCACUCGAUCAAAUUAAAUAUACCUAACCAAUUACCAAUUUUGUGUAGCAUCAGCUUCUUUUGCUUUCAUUUCUUCGUCUCUAAAAAUAAAAAUAAAAUGGAAUUAUUACCAUAGACACAAGGAUUACAGUGGGUUGAUAUAGUUAGGUAUUAAACGUGGGGAACCAAUUAUAUAGAGAAGAGGAACAAAAGGGAAGGGAAGAAAAGAAAAGGAAAGGAAAAUGUCUUUGAGCGACCAUCCUAAAGCAUAUGGCACAGCAGCUGUAGCAGUUGCUUUUACUGCCGGAAUCUUCGUAACUCUCGGUUUCAAAGACCUAUACCCGGACUUAGAGCGGCGAUUCCAACAGCGUGGGCCGCGGAGAAUUCAACGGAGCGUUCCAGAUAACCGGCGAUCCAGUUUAUUCUGGGGAGGUCCAGUUGAGCUUAAAGACACUGAAGUACCUGAAGCUCUGGUCCCCCGCGACGACGGCGUCAGCGAUGGAAUCGAAGGAUGCAUCGGGCGAACCCCGCUGAUUCGGAUCCACAGCCUUUCCGAGGCCACGGGCCGUACUAUCCUGGCGAAAGCAGAGUUCCUUAAUGGCGCCGGGAACAGCCCCAAGGAUAGGGUUGCGCUUAAUAUGAUCCAGGUCGCCGAAGAGGAAGGAUUUCUGAAGCCCGGUCGUGGGGAUACUAUUUACGAGGGCACCGUCGGCAGUACGGGCAUAUCGAUUGCCGCCUUGGCUCGUGCUAAGGGGUAUCGCGCUCAUAUCUGCAUGCCUGACGACCAGGCCCGUGAGAAAUCCGACUUACUACAUCACCUGGGCGCGACUGUGGAGCGGGUUCCGGUACAGCCUAUCACAUCCCCCGAGCAUUUCGUGAACCUAGCACGACGUCGGGCAAUAGAACACACGCGCUCAAAGGCAGACUCUAGCGUCGGAUUCUUCGCAGACCAAUUCGAAUCUCAGUCCAACUGGCAAGCACACUUCAAGACCACCGGCCCAGAGAUCUACGCACAGACACACGGACAAAUCGACGCCUGGGUAGCAGGCGCCGGGACGGGAGGUACCAUUUCAGGGGUAGCCAAGUACCUAAAAGAGGAAGCAAAGCUGAAGAACCUAAAGGUAGUAUUAGCAGAUCCACAGGGCAGUGGGCUAUACAACAAGGUCCGACACGGUGUCAUGUACUCGUCCACGGAGAAGGAGGGCACGAGGCGGCGGCAGCAAGUCGAUACGAUUGUAGAAGGCGUAGGGAUUAACCGAAUUACGGAGAAUUUCGAAGCCGGGCGGGACUUGAUCGACACGGCAGUACGAGUUACAGACGAGCAAGCGUGCAAGAUGGCGCGGUGGCUAGUUGAAAACGACGGCAUUUUUUGCGGUAGCAGCAGUGCCGUAAAUUGCGUUGCUGCCGUCGUCACAGCGCUCUCCCUUCCCGAAGGAAGCCAGGUUGUUACCGUGCUAUGCGAUUCCGGGACAAGACAUCUGAGCAAAUUCUGGAAGCAAAUCGCGGAGAUGGGCCUAGAAGACGAGCCCAAGGCGGAUAAUCUACUGACUCUACUGGGAAUAGAAAACCUAAGGUGAGGGGAAUGUUUAUGUAUGGUAUUGGCCGAUACGGACCUGGGUUGUUACAAAGUACAAGGGAUUACUAGCUUCUUGUUGGGCGAAUUCCCUAUGCCAUUAAGUUAUGGUACACUGUGCUACCUCGCGUCUAAAGCCACUUGGUAGGGGAAACUAAAUUAACGAUGGCGCAAAGCCAGUCCACAAUCUUAAAAUCUCGGAAUCGAGAAUAGGGAAGUAUUGACACC